AUGACGGGUCCCUUUGCUCGAACCCGAACUCUCCUCCGCAAGUAUCGCCCGAUGCUCCCCGACACCAAUCGAAUCCCAGAAUUCCCCGAAUUCAUUCGCAACGCGCCAGCGCGCCCUCAACUCCUCCGCACCUCCCCCGAAUCCACCCUCGCCUCGUCCCUCGAAACAGCCUCGAAACUCUUGCAUGACGGCAACCCCGUCGCUUUCCCUACCGAGACAGUCUACGGACUCGGCGGCUCAGCCCUCUCGUCCACCGCCGUGAAGCGCAUCUUCUGGGCCAAGGGACGGCCAGCCGACAACCCCUUGAUCGUGCACAUCUCGAGCCGCGAGAUGCUUGCCGAUCUGAUACCGUCGCAAGGCAAGGGAGACGAGCAGAAGCCGGUCAUCCCGCCGAUGUACGAAGCGCUGAUGGACCGGUUCUGGCCCGGCCCUUUGAGCCUCAUCUUCCCCAUCUCGACCGACCGUAAGGGCAAAGCAGCGCGCAUUGCCGGCGGCCAGCCUCUGCAUCCGCCCCGACUCGCGAUCGCAGACGAGGUCACCGCUCAGCAACCCUCUGUCUGCGUCCGCAUGCCUUCGCACCCGAUCGCCCUCUCCCUCAUUCGACAGGCCAACCUUCCUCUCGCCGCACCGAGCGCCAACCUCUCGACUCGACCGAGUCCAACAUCUGCGGCGCACGUCAUGGCGGAUCUCGGACAGGGGCGAGGGGUAGGCGCGGUACUGGACGGCGGUGAGUGCGAGGUCGGUGUCGAGAGUACCGUUGUCGACUGGGUGCCGCCCGAGAAUGAUGCGGCGGGUGGCGAGGGGUCGUUGCGGGUCUUGCGAGCGGGCGGCGUGACGGCCGAGCAGAUCGAGGCGUGUCUGCGGGUCGCAGGGUUUGGGACGGCCGGAGAGGCGGGGCGGAUACAGGUCUACGCUCGGGAUUUCCGGAGCCAGGAGCUCGAGAAGAAGCCGACGACGCCGGGCAUGAAGUACAUGCACUACUCGCCGAAGAACGCCAGCGUCGUCCUCGUCACGCCAGCCCCUGGCACCAGCACACCCGAACAACCAGUCCCAAGCCUGCAGGAGCUGGUCCAGCUCGUAGCGGUCACGCACGGCCCCGGUUACGAGCUGUCAGACAAGUUUGGCGAGCCGCCGACUCUGAUCCCUACCCGAGUUGGCCUCAUGUUCACCGAGUCGACCCUCGACGCCUUGAAGAUCGAGCCCUUCGCCGCCAUCUCUCCCGCCUGCUCGCGUGUCCGCAUCCCUCCGCCCGCAAAGACGUUCCUGCCUACUCAGUCCGCGAACCUCGAUGACGGCCUACCGAAACUCGACGAGAUUGAGAUCGUCUCGUACCCGCUCGGCAGUCGCGACCGGCCAAUCGAGGCCGCCCAACGACUGUUUGCAGGCCUGCGGUUCCUCGACUCGUUCAGGGCUCCGAGGAUGAAGCAGGAUGGCGUGCACGUCAUCUUCGUCGAGGCGAUUCCGGAGGAGGGUGUUGGGUUGGCGGUGAUGGAGCGGGCGAAGAAGGCGGCGGGGGUUUCGGAGGCCAUGCCCUUUGAGGUGAGCGUGCAGGAGUGA